UCGCGUUAACCAAUAUGUCAGCGCCCAUUUGAACGUGAUCCGUGAGCACCUCAGCUCGUCUACUGGCAAACCCUUUGCAGAAUGGUCCUUUGGAAAGUAUAAGAGCUCUCAGAAAUAUCGAUAGUGUACUUGAAUUUUAAUAACACACAUUUAGCAAUAUUUCCGUUGUGUCAAGAUAUGGAUUUAUCUAAGGAAACUAGUGAAGGACACGAUAUCGGCGAGUCUGUUUUAAAAAAUGAAAGUACGGACGUUGCCGGUAGUUCGACAGCUAAUGAAAAUGAAAGUACGGGUGUUGCCGUUAGUUCGACACCUAAUGACAAUGAAAGUACGGACGUUGCCGGUGGUUCGACAGCUAAUGACAAUGAAAGUACGGACGUUGCCGGUAGUUCGACACCUAAUGCAACAGACGAAGCUUCUACCGAAACCCAACAGCUAUCGAAAAGGCAGCUGCGUAAACUUAAAAAACACGAGAAUUGGUUGAAAUAUAAACCCAUCAAAAGAAUAAAAGAUAAAGAGAAGAAGAAACAAAGACGCAUAGAAGCAAAGGAAAGAGGAGAACCUAUCCCUAGUCGAAAAAAGCUGAAGCUGAACACCAUGGCCAAAUCGGAGUGCCGUGUGUCUGUGGCUAUUGAUUGUUCCUUUGACCAAUACAUGCAGGAGAGGGACAUUCUUAAACUGGGAAAACAAAUCCGAUGGUGCUAUUCCACCAACAGGAGGUCUGCCAAUCCUGUUCAGCUCCAUGUUGUUGGUAUCAAUGGCCAGAUCAAGGAUCGACUGGAUGGGGUAGGGGACUACAAAAAUUGGGAUAUUCAUAGCUCAGAGAAGGGGUAUGAGGAACUGUUUGACCAAGACUCAAUAGUUUAUCUGUCUAGUGAUUCUCCAAACAUUCUCACAGACCUUGAACCAGAUAAAGUCUACAUCAUUGGAGGACUUGUGGAUCAUAACCACCACAAGGGCCUUUGCCACCAGAUUGCAGUAGAGAAAGGUUUGGCACAUGCACAGCUUCCAAUAUCAGAAUACAUACAACUUAAGUCACGCAAAGUACUCACCAUAAAUCAUGUUUUUGAAAUUCUACUGAGUUAUACAGAAACAAAAGACUGGCAAAAAGCAUUUUACACCGUAUUACCACAGAGAAAGGGAGUCGAACUGAAAGACUUAUCUGAUCCGGGACAGAAGGAAUCUCUAAGUGAUGACACAAGUGACAAUGAGGAAUCCGAUCAGGAACUGUCUAUUGGUGACCAGAUAAAUAGUGGCUGUUAUAGCAUGGGUACCCAAGGUCAAGGAGAUACCUCUGAAGGUCAUCACACGACAGAAAGGACAGAUAGUGAUCACACAUCGUUUCAUUCUGACAAUAGUGCAGGAGAAAAACAAAUAACUUGAUUGAUACUUGUACAGUAAUUAUUGUGAAUGUAAAGAUGAUUAACUCCAUGACGGAAGGGCACAUUAAAGUACCAUAAAUCAAAAA